AUGGAAGCGCAGCCAGCGGGGGGCCCCACGGCCCCGGACCCCUCCGGCUGCCCUAAGGACUCGGACCGCCAGCUGCGCCUCCGCCUCUGCGUCCUCAUAGAGAUCCUGAGCACUGAGCGGGACUAUGUGGGCACCCUGCGCUUCCUGCAGUCGGCAUUUCUGCACAGAAUCAGACAGAAUGCUGUGGACAAAGCCGAGAAAUACAUAACAGAGGAGAAUAUCAAGAUCCUGUUUUCCAACAUCGAAGACAUUCUUGACGUUCACAAGGAGUUCUUGGCUGCCCUGGAAUUUUGUUUACAACCAGAACCUCAAUCUCAGCAUGAACUGGGAAAUGUUUUCUUAAAAUUUAAAGACAAGUUCUUUGUAUACGAGGAAUAUUGUAGCAACCAUGAGAAAGCACUCAGGCUCCUAAUGGAACUGAACAAGAUUCCAGCAGUGAGAGCAUUCCUCCUGAGCUGCAUGCUUUUGGGAGGCAGAAAGACGACAGACAUUCCACUAGAGGGUUAUCUGCUGACACCAAUUCAGAGAAUUUGCAAAUAUCCACUUCUCCUAAAGGAACUAGCUAAGAGGACACCUUCUAGGCAUCCCGAUCACCAAGCGGUCCAGAAUGCAUUGCAGGCGAUGAAGACUGUCUGCACCAAUAUCAAUGAAACCAAGAGGCAGAUGGAGAAGCUGGAAGCCCUUGAGCAGCUGCAGUCCCACAUUGAAGGAUGGGAGGGGUCCAAUCUGACUGAUAUCUGCACACAACUUCUGCUCCAAGGGACUUUGUUGAAAAUCUCAGCAGGAAACAUCCAGGAGAGAACAUUUUUUCUGUUCGAUAAUCUUCUGGUCUACUGCAAGCGGAAAUCCAGAGUUGCUGGGAAAAAGGCAUCUAAACGUACCAAGUCAAUCAACGGAUCCCUCUAUAUCUUCAGGGGCCGAAUAAACACCGAGGUCAUGGAAGUGGAGAAUGUGGAAGAUGGGACAGCAGAUUAUCACAGCAACGGCUACACGGUGACUAAUGGCUGGAAGAUACACAACACUGCCAAAAACAAAUGGUUUGUUUGCAUGGCCAAGACUCCAGAGGACAAACAGAAAUGGCUGGAUGCUAUAAUCAAGGAAAGGGAACAGAGAGAGAGUCUGAAACUGGGAAUGGAGAGGGAUGCGUACGUCAUGAUUGCGGAGAAAGGAGAGAAGCUGUAUCACAUGAUGAUGACCAAGAAAGUGAACCUUAUCAAAGACAGGAGGAGAAAAUUAAGCACUGUUCCCAAGUGCUUUCUUGGCAAUGAGUUUGUAUCCUGGCUCAUGGAGAUUGGGGAGAUAAGCAAGCCGGAGGAAGGGGUCAACCUGGGACAAGCCCUGUUGGAAAAUGGCAUCAUUCAUCAUGUUUCAGAUAAGCAUCACUUUAAGAAUGAGCAGGUGAUGUACAGGUUUCGGUAUGAUGAUGGAACGUAUAAACCAAGAAGCGAAUUGGAAGAUAUCAUGUCCAAGGGUGUGAGGCUCUAUUGCCGACUGCAUAGUCUUUACACUCCAGUGAUAAAAGAUCGAGACUACCACUUGAAGACCUACAAAUCAGUCAUCCCUGCCAGUAAACUAGUGGAUUGGCUGAUUGCACAGGGAGACUGUCAGACUCGGGAGGAAGCUGUCGCACUGGGUGUUGGACUCUGCAAUAAUGGCUUCAUGCAUCAUGUCCUGGAGAAGAGCGAAUUCAAGGAUGAAUCCCAAUAUUUCCGUUUUUAUGCUGAUGAGGAGAUGGAGGGUACAAGUUUCAAGAGCAAGCAGCUGCGUAAUGACUUCAAGCUCAUUGAAAACAUCCUAGCAAAGCGCCUGCUGAUCUUACCUGGAGAGGAUGACUACGGGUUUGACAUUGAAGAAAAGAAUAAAGCAAUCGUGGUCAAGUCUGUUGAGCGAGGAUCUCAUGCAGAGAUGGCCAGCCUGCAGGUUGGAAGGAAGAUCUACUCCAUUAAUGAGGACCUGGUAUUCCUGCGUCCGUUUCAAGAAGUGGAGACCAUCUUAAACCAAUCUUUCUGCUCUCGGAGGCCACUUAGACUUCUGGUGGCCACCAAGUCUAAAGAAAUUAUAAAAAUCCCAGAUUGUCACGAAGCUCUGUGCUUUCAGAUACGGGGAACAGCGCCACCCUACGUCCGUGCUGUGGGCAGAGGCUCCAAGGCUGCAGCUGUGGGACUCCACUCAGGGCAGUGCAUUUUGAAAGUUAAUGGGAAUAAUAUGAUGAAUGAAAAUUACACGGAAGUUCUGGAGCACUUUACAGCAUACAGGAACAGGCAGCAGGAAUUGCUGGGAUUGUACCAGUGGGUGUACCGAACACACGAAGAUGCUGAAGAGGAUAGAGCUCAGCAGCCAACAUUUAAUGCGUACCUGAAUGGCAGCCAUCUUGAGUCAAGCGAAGGACAGCUCUCAGGGGAAGGAAGUGGAGAACUGGAUCCCCUUUAUAAAAGCCAGGAAGCAGUCUCUCCGUUGAUCAUGAGUGAAGACAUGCCUCUCAUUAGCUUGACUGUGGACAAUGUCCAUCUGGAACACGCGGUGGUGUAUGAAUACGUCAGCACUGCUGGGAUCAAGUGUUAUGUCUUGGAGAAAACCGUAGAGCCAAAGGGUUGUUUCAAUCUGACUGCAAAGAUUUUAGAAGCCUUUGCUGUAGAUGACAGUCACUUUGUGAAGAACUGCAAGAAGCUCAUCUCCCAAAGCAGAGCUAUGGAGACCAUGCCCGAGUAUGAUUUCCGGCAAACCUGUGACACUAAGCUGGAGAGUAUCUGCAAAAGGCUCACCAACUACCACAAGUUUGCAGAUGAGCUCAAAAUGAAGGUGAGCCCAGCCUUCAAACAAGCCACAACAGAGCCUCACCCCCUCAACAGCAUGGAUUUCUGCCCCACCAACUGCCACAUUAACCUCAUGGAAGUGUCCUACCCCAAAACCACUACCUCAACAGGAAGGUCAUUCAGCAUUCGCAUUGGACGGAAGCCAUCUAUAAUUGGUCUUGAUCCGGAACAAGUAGGUACUCUGAAUCCAGUCUCAUACACUCAGCAUUGCAUCACCAGCAUGGCUGCACCAUCAUGGAGGUGCCUAACCCCAGAAGAUGGAGAACUCAACCCACAUGGACAAUACGAGGGUAGCUUUGACCAACAGAAUGGGGGAACAAACCAGGAGGAAAGGGGACUCAGCUUUUUGCUGAAAGAAGACCGGGAGAUACAGGACUCAUACCUUCAACUUUUUAAUAAACUAGAUAUCGCAGUGAAGGAAAUGAAGCAAUACGUCUUUCAGAUAAAUAAGCUUUUGUCCACCAUAACAGAACCCACUGGCACAUGUGAACCUCUGUCCACUGAGGAGACAUCCCCACCUUCCUUGGGGGCUGAAGAGAGCGACACUGACAAAGCUGAGCAUGGUGGGAGUAAGAAGGUUUGUUUCAAAGUUUCUGAGGAGGACCAGGAAGACUCAGGACAUGACACAAUGAGUUUCAGAGAUUCCUACAGUGAGUGUAACAGUAACCGGGACUCCGUGCUCUCCUACACCAGUGUACGGAGUAACAGCUCUUACCUGGGCAGCGACGAGAUGGGAUCAGGUGACGAACUUCCCAGUGACAUGAGGAUUCCUUCGGACAAACAAGACAAACUCCACGGCUGUCUUGAGCAUCUUUUUAACCAGGUGGAUGCUAUCAAUGCGCUCCUCAAAGGAUCAGUCAUAACCAAGGCCUUUGAAGAAACCAAGCACUUUCCAAUGGACCACAGUUUGCAAGAAUUUAAACAGAAGGAAGAAACCACAAUAAGAUGCCGGAAUAAUAUUCAAUUCAGUGUCCAAGAAGAUCCCUGGAACCUUCCACUGCGUAUCAAGAACCUUGUUGAAACCAUUCAAAAACAUGUGGAAGAUGGGAAGAAUCAACUGCUUCUGGCCUUGCUAAAAUGCACAGAUACUGAGCUGCAGUUGAGACGAGAUGUCAUUUUCUGCCAGUCCCUCGUGGCUGCUGUUUGCACUUUCUCAGAGCAGUUGCUGGCUGCUCUCAACUACAGAUACAACAACAACGGGGAGUAUGAAGAGAGCAGCAGGGAUGCCAGCAGGAAAUGGCUGGAGCAGAUAGCGGCCACUGGGGUUUUACUUCACUACCAGUCCCUGCUGUCCCCCAGUGUGAAGGAAGAGCGCAUCAUGCUAGAAGACAUCCCAGUCACGCUGUCUGAGCUGGACAAGGUUGCCUUUUAUUUCAAGCAGCUGGACGAAAGUCUCGUAGCAAAUACUCAUGUCUUCUACCACAUUGAAGGAAGUCGGCAGGCCUUGAAGAUUAUCUUUUACCUUGACAGCUACUACUUCUCCAAACUGCCGUCUCGCCUUCAGAACGGGGGAAGCUUGAAGCUGCACACAGUGCUCUUUACAAAAGCUCUUGAAAGCCCAGAUAGCCAGCCCCAGCUAGGUGACUCAUCUCUAGAAGAACUCCCGCAACAGAUUAAUGGAGUCUCCCUUGAAAAAGUGCAGCAAUAUUACCGUAAACUCAGGACAUUUUACCUUGAGAGAUCCAACUUGCCUACUGAUUCCAAUACAACAGCAGUGAAGAUUGACCAGCUUAUUCGCCCCAUUAAUGCAAUGGAUGAGCUGUGCAGACUGAUGAAGUCCUUUAUUAAUACAAAACCCACCCAGUCGGGAUACUCUAGUAGUAACACACCAGGAGCUGGGCUGCUGCCUAUAUCCUCAGAGCUCUGUUACCGCCUCGGAGCCUGUCAGAUUGCCAUGUGUGGCACUGGGAUGCAGAGAAGUACAUUGAGUGUGUCCCUGGAACAAGCAGCCAUACUGGCUCGAAGUCAUGGACUUUUACCCAAAUGUAUCAUGCAGGCUACAGACAUCAUGAGAAAGCAAGGACCAAGGGUUGAAAUCUCUGCUAAAAAUCUCAAAGUGAUGGAUCAGAUGCCGCAGUCUGCACCCCGACUCUACAGGCUGUGUCAGCCACCUUUAGAUGGGGACUUAUAA